AUGCACAAACAAGUUUUUUUCCCUGGGAGAGUCAGUGUGGUUUUUCGAAAGGGACCACAUGGCUAUCUCCGGCAAGAUCCGACCAAUGCAGCCAGACGGAUAAAAGACGACCCAUCUCUACAGGACAGGUCUGCGCCUAUAAAGGAGGAGCGCGUCAGGCAAAACGCCCUCACCGUGGUCAGUCAGAGAGGGGGGGAUAUUUCAGAUAAGGCAGAGGUGCUUGGAGAAUAUAUCCUGCAGUUUGGGAAAUAUAAAGGGAAGUCCUUUCACUGGCUGCUUGAGAAUGACAUGGGGUAUACCAUAUACCUCAUAAAGAAUCGGCAGAAAGAAGAGGCUGUCGGAGUUUUUGUGGGAGAAGGGCAUAGCAAAGACAGCCUAAUGUCAUUUCUGAGUUAUGCGCUUAGUUUUGACGAAAUUCAGUCUCUUCUUGACUACGAGUCAAAAAAAAAAACUGUUGCAACAGCAGCAUCAGAGGAUGACCAGCUGGUUGGUUUUGGCUCUCGUGCCAACACCACUUGGCGAGAGAUUUGGGACAGCAGGGACGAUGGCUAUGCAGCCUUUAUUCUCAAGAAAAGCUGUGUACCAGGGACAAAGAUGCACAAGUUACAACAGUACCUGCAAAGGAAAAAACAUUCAACCUCUCCGACCCAACUUGCUCCUGCUGAAGUUAUGGUGAUGGAUGAAGAUGAAGAGCUGGAGAAAGCAAUGCUCAGUAUAUCACCUUCCAAACUGUCCGUGCAGAGCUCUCUGUCAUCUGUAAAAAGUCCUGUGCCCCUGCCUCGGGAGCUGACGUUUCUUAUACCAGAACCAGCAAGUCCUCUGCCUACAGUCUCAACCGUCACAGUAACAGAGCCACGUUUAAAUUCUCCUGAGAGGUCUGCAGUGACCAGUCAACCUCCACUGCAUUCAUCUACUGCAGUCCAGCCAUCACCAACUAUCCCCAGCUGUCCCCCUCCACAACUUCCAGGAUAUGACCACGAUGUAAGUCAGUGGAACUGUUCACAGCAGCAGAGGAUCUGGAUGAAGACAGAGAUGGAAUCUAUGGGUCUCUGGCCAGGUUCCAUUCCUGUGAGCAACCCAAUGAAGAUGGUGUCCUUGUGGCGCUUGCCUCCCCAGCCGGAACUGAUAGACAGCAUCCAUGAGCUUCCCUCCCCCAAGUACUUUCAGCUUCACCCCUUUUUUAUAUGGAAGCCAGAAAAUGAUAAUCUAAUGGGGAGGCUGAGGAACAACUACCCCUUGCCAUGCAUUGAAGGUUGUGUUCAGCCUCAGGUUGCCUCUGCAGGUGUUGGGAGACCUCGUGUUAUCGUUGGCAUCACUGGACAGUACUACCUGUUGUCAUCCAGGCUGUGCUGCAAGGUUUGCAAGAAAAGGUGGUACGCUGACAACCCAGUGUGGCUGGAAAAACUUCCCCAGCGAUUUACAAAUGUGUUGCCUGCAAAACUGACCUACAAGAAGGCCAUAUGUAAGUCAGUCAUGGAUGAACUGAGACGCACGGGAAAAUCACCGACGGACAUGACAAACCAAAUUAUGGAGAUGAUGCACCUGAAAUAUGAACGCGCCAACCUGGCCUACCUUCUCAGCUGCCAAAAUGUCAUCGAUGGGGAAGCAGGAAAGUACGGGCAAAAGACAAUUACGAAAUUCAUUAGACAGGAAACUAGGCCAUCUCCUUUCGGGCAGUACAGUGAUUCAGAUGGAUGGAACGGCAUCUCUGUAUCUGCACACUACCUGACUGACUGUCUACUGCAUGAGUAUGAGCACCAAGAGGGUGCCAUCAAAAGACUGCUCCAGGGCACCUUUGGACAGGCUUUCCGUUCAGACCAUACCCGUAAGGUCGCAAGAAAGGUCACCUUUUCAUCUGGAACCAUGUCAUCAUAUGCAGUCAUGAAUGAAAACUGGAUGAUCAUUUCAUGGGUAAUGGUGCAAUCUGAGACAGAGAAGUCGCUGAGGCCCAUGUAUGAGGGACUUGCAGCCCGUUAUAGCACUGCAGACAUAGAGAAGGCCCGAUACCAGUGGGUUGACAGAGAUUGUUGUGCAGCAUUUAAGGUGGCGGAAUCUCUUCCAGGAGAGCAUCUGAACUGGGACGCUUGGCAAACAUCUGAGGCUAUUGUUGCUGAGGCCACUACUGGUAGCCUGCUAAACUCAUGUGCAUCACGGUCUCACUACAACACCGAUAUAACCAUCAAACUGGACUUAUUUCAUUGUAUGCGGCGGUUCCUCCGUGAGUGUGUCUCUGAGCAUCAUCCUCUGUACAGUUCCUUUGCCCAGUUCCUGUCUGCUGCCUUUUCCGUGGUGGAUCAGGAAGACUUACAGAGGCUUAAAGAUGCUUAUAUAUUUUGUGGAAUUCACCCUGCCAACCCCACGAAACAGCACAUUCGUGUACACUGCAGAACAAAGAUUCCACAGCCUAAGGAGCUCAUCCAGAGAGUUGAGGGAGUUUUCCGGCACUUCUUCCUUGCUCAAGAUCCAAACGGUCUUCCUCUCUUUAAGCCCUCUAUGCUGAAGGCAUGGCGGAUUCAACGGGUACACAUGCUGCGAGGUUGCCUCAGUGAUCCUGAGGUAGAAGGUGCCAUCUUGUACAGGCAUGGAGGGAUGGUGCAGCUAAAUCAUGUGCAGGGUGAAGGAGCUAAAGUUCCUGUCUGGAUCCCCAUUAGAGGCACAUCUCAACAGGAGGGUUACCACUUCCAUCAAGCUCAGUGGGUCACUGGAACACGUGUUUCCAUAGAGCUGUUUCAAGCUCAGGGGAUGACAGGGGUGGCACGGUGGAAUUAUCAACGCCUGGUGGACCUGAAGCAGCCAGAUGUUUCCCUUCCAGCUGUUUUCGAUCCAGUUUUGAUUGAAAAACUUAAUGCAGUUUCUAAACGGGUCCUCGGAGAUGAGAAGUAUCCUGCUCUUCAUCUUUCACCCACAGACACUGGAGAGAAGUUUGGCCUGGAAUAUAUUGAGCCUGGUUGCCGUCCAGUUCCUCUUGACUGGGAUAAGCAUAGGACUAGUACAGGCUCUACUCAUGCCCUCCAUACACCUCCUCUAUCCAGCCCACCCAUGGCCCUGUCAAGGACUCCUCAGGCAUCCUCCAUGACUCCGACCAGAGUGCUGCGGUUUCCAGCAUGCCCGUCUGGUGAUGCUAGUACAGGCUCUACCCAUGCCCUCCAUACACCUCCUCUAUCCAGCCCACCCAUGGCCCUGUCAAGGACUCCUCAGGCAUCCUCCAUGACUCCAACCAGAGUGCUGCGGUUUCCAGCAUGCCCGUCUGGUGAUGCUGCUUUUGAACCGGACGCAUCGGUACCUAAGCCCAGGCUUAAGACAGAAAGCCCAUACCCCCCACCUCUGCCUCUGCUGGCCUCACCAAUCGCCGCUCGCACUGGACCUGUGAAGACUGGAGGCAGGAUCUUUGUCUUGGACCACAAGCGUUGGCCAGCCCCUAUGAAGAAAGUCAUUGACGAUCUCCUUAAUAAACACAGAGGACAUAAGGACAUGCUCAAGCUUGUGGACCAAGAUUAUGCUGCUCUAGUUCACAACUCUUGUAAAGACCCAAACAACAUGCUCCACCCAACAACCAAAGUCCACAUUUCACAGUACAUAAAGCAUCUCAGCAAGCUGAUAAACACCGCAUCCUCAAUAAACACAAGCCCGGAAAAACUCCACGAGAGGCAGCAGCUCUGGUACACUCUGACACAGGGAAGUGAGACUAUGACUGUACCAGUUGUUACCAUGCCUGUCUCAGUAGUAAACCCCCCUCCUCCUGUUCAGACCCUUGCCACACCUCUGACACAAGACUCUAUUGAGGAAAUGGUUAAAAACAUCAUGGAAAAGCAACAGGAACAACUGAGACUUCCACACCAAGCACAAAAGAGGGCACAAACAAAAACUUGUCUUUCCUGUGGCCAGCCAAAGUCUAAGUAUCUGAAUGAUGGUUCGUCCAUCCACUUUUUUUACCAGCAAGGACCCAUCAGAUAUUUCUACUGCUCCACAAAGGUCUUCAAAGUUUAUGGUGGUGAAGGAUUGACAAAUCCAAGAAUGCCGUUUGAAGACUUUUCAGAGACAGAGUUUUUUCAGCGGGAACUGGAUGCCACAAAGAUGAAGGCGGAGGAGAGAGGGCAACAGAAAAGGAAAAGGAGUGAACCUGAAUACACAGGCCGCAAGUGUCGUUUUUGUAAACUGGAACUAAAGCAAGGCCCAAACAGCCCUCACGUUCACACAGGUUUCCCUGGAAUGGCAGGGAAGUACAUUUACUGUCCUUCAAAAAUAUUUUCUUUAUACAAGGAUCUGGGCAUGGAGAAUGAGAUGACCUGGAGAGAGUUUGAAGAUUCUGCAUUUUAUGAGAUAGAAAGACAAAGAUGGGAGUCAGAAAAGAGAAAAUAA